CACGACAACCUGUCGUUAGGUCGCUAUCUGAGUUUCGUGAAGCGUUUUCUUCAGUGGUGCUUAGAGGAUAUAUCUUUACAUAUAUAGGCCUAAAUGCCUCUUAAGGAGUAUCGAAUAUGUAUGCCACUAACGGUAGAAGAGUACCGGAUUGGCCAGCUCUACAUGAUCAGCAAGCACAGCCAUGAACAGACUGCCCAAGGUGAGGGCGUGGAGGUACUCAUAAACGACCCGAUAGAUGACCCCCAGCUCGGACAUGGUCAGUACACCGAGAAGAGAAUACACCUGUCCAGCCGUCUGCCCAGUUGGAUACGAGGUCUUAUACCAAGAAUAUUCUAUGUCACAGAAAAGGCUUGGAAUUUUUAUCCCUACACUAAAACUGAAUACACAUGCUCUUUCCUGCCGCGAUUCUCAAUCAGCAUAGAGACGAGAUACGAGGACAAUAAUGGAAGCUCGGAAAACUGCUUGGAGCUGUCACAGGAGGUGCUAGCUGAGCGUGAGGUCGACCAUAUAGACAUCGCGCUAGAUCCUCUACCAGAUCACAAGUACAAGGAGAGUGAGGACUGUACGAAAUUCAAGUCAGUGAAGACGAAUAGAGGACCGUUAGAAGACAAUUGGCGAGAAACAAGCAAUCCCAUUAUGUGCUCGUACAAAGCUGUUGAAGUAAAGUUUGAAGUGUGGGGACUGCAAACUCGAGUGGAAGGUUUUGUACAUAGGGCUGUAAGAGAUGUACUCCUGCUAGGCCACAAACAAGCAUUCACGUGGAUUGAUGAGUGGUAUGGCAUGACGAUUGACGAUAUUCGGCAGUACGAGAAGGACAUACAGGCACAGACCAACAAGAAGGUUCUCUGCCCGGGAGAGAAGCAGACAGUUGAUGCUGCAGAGGAGGCACAGACCACAGAGGUUAUACAAGCCGCUGAUUAAGAUGCCUCCCCCCUCCUCAGUCCGGGUCAGUCGGCUGUUGCUAGUGGAGUCGUCCUCUUCGCCCGAGCGAGAUAACUCAGCAGAUCUAUCGAACACUGCCGCUGUAUCGGUGGUGCUCACUCGGUUUGUACGUGGUUUUACACGUAUGCGUGCCUGGACGUCGACUCUGUCGCACUUCGUUACUACGAAUAGUUUUUAGAACGUCCCAUCGUGACUCCGAUCGGUCGCACCGGGCGGAUGGAGAAAGUUGCUCCUGAUAUUACUGUCAACGGUAACUGCUCAAUGAGGCUCUAUUUCCAAUAUGCAGCCGGUCUGUGAAAUGCUGGUUUAUCCCUGUAGGCGUUUGAAUACUUCGCGGAAUGCUUCAUGGUGUGGGAGAUUCCGGUGUGGGGGGGGAAGAGAAGCAUUUCAUUUAUGUUUACGUCACUACCUCCUUAUCUUUCUAACAACCCUGCCUCCUCCAUCCCAGCUGAGUGUAUUAGCUGCAGAGGUGUGCCUAGUGCCUAGUCAUAUGACUCUAUGCGAAUUCAUUGAUAACAGCUCAGGUAUGCAAUCAAUCAAAGCAGGGUAUAUGAAUUAUUUUCAGACUGAAUGGAAGACUCGCUCAGAAAACGCAAUUUUGGGAGGAAGAUGAGAGCCAGAAUGUAGUAGUCACUAAUUAAUUGGCAGGGGGAGGCUUAUUUAAUGCAGGCAGCUAGCAGCUAAUCACAGCUACCAGCAGUAACGUCUGUAUUACACCAGUCUGGUACAUGUUUUAUAAGAGCAGUAUACUAAUGCUGACAGUAGUGAUUCCAUGGUGUAGGAUAUAUAUAUAUAUAUAUAUAGUUAAUUUAUAAGUUGAGCCUGUGAUAUUCAGAUAUUUUUUGCGUUAAGGAAUUACUCAAUAAUGCCAGUUUCAUGCUGGAAUAUUCUUUAGAGAUAAAAAAGAAAAUGUGCGUGAGAUAAUAAUUAGAAAUUCUUGAAACUUCUAGGACUAGUGGGCAGAGAUCAUUAGAUUUUCUCACAUGCACAUCAUAGGCUUUAAGAUUCUCGUAUAGAACUGAGCUCUUUUUGUGUAAAGAUACAACUACGUGGAACAUGAAUUAGGGUGAAAGUUGAGCAUUUUAAUGCAUACAUUGCCAGUCGUUCUGUGUUUAAUUGUAAGACCAUGCUGGUAUUGCUGAUGAACAUUAUAUCAUUAGCUAGUACGUUACUGUUCUAUGUGUUCAUUCUUUACUAGAUGAUACCAGCAUGGUCUUACAAUUGAAAUUAUAAUUGGUAUUACAUGUGAGAUUUUGUAAAAUCCUAUUGGAUGUUAAAACUUUAACACUUGCCUCUAACUUACUACGAACUCGCACUGUUAUAGUUUUACACGAUGAAAGGCGUGAUUUUGUUCGCGUCAUUGCACAUAGGUCUACGUUUAUUCUUAUAAUUUUGUAAUUACACGCACCCACGUGUGUGUGUGCGCGCGCGUACGUGCGUGCGUGUGUGUGUAAUUAUUAUAUGAAGUAUAUUGGAGGAGAAUUAAGUAUUUUUGUCAUUAUAAUGACAAAGAUAUAAACCUACGUUUAGUACCAACUAGCAGUAGGUUGGGUGAUAUUCCUGACAUCAGAUAGGCAGUUUAAUGUUGAAAUUGUCCCAUUACUUAGCCGGAUUAGUGUUAGAACUAAGGAGGCCCUAUAAACGGAUUAUCCUAAUAUUCGCAUGUACACUUGUGCGCAUGAGCGUAUGCACAUAUUGAGUGUAUGUAUUCGAUAUGCUUGUGUUCAUGAUAUUGAUAUUAGAUAGCCAUUACAUAUCUCGUAUAUAGAUUGUUAAACAGUGUAUAUUAUUAACUGUGUACGGUCAUUGCUGUAUCAGCGAUUCAUCGGAGGUUAAAAUGUUUGGUUCAUAGACAAUAAUAUUUAUUGUAGGAUCAUUGCAUAAUCAUGAAAUGGCAAUACUCAGCAUUUCAACUCGUAUAUUUGAGAUUGUCUUACAUCUGUAACGUUCUUGCAACGAGGUGGCAGUGCUAAACCAUUAAGAUAUUGUAACAAAAUAAGUUCUCCUGUCGUGUAAUUCCUGUGCGUGAUAUUCCUAAUUACCAAUGUACAUAUAUAUGUUAUGUAGUUGUUAUGUUACUGGAGUAUUGUUCGAUAAUAUGUUCUGCCAUAUUCUUGUACCUGAGAUGUGGGAAGGUCUGUACAACUUGGCAGUUAGAAAAUUCCUUCUUGAACGGAUAUUUAGAAGUUAGAUUUUGUAAACUCGCGUUAUAACGUGUUAGUCACAGUUGCACAAAUUCAUAGGCAGCUUUCGUAGAGCUACGAACUUGAAACAAAACGAAUCCUGUGAUUUUUUUCGACCCCCAAAUCACGCGAUAUGUUUUUUUUAUUACGGUAUGCGAACCUAUAUUACUAGUAUGUAUUCUUAGCAUAUGACAGCUAGUAUUUUGACUGCAAAACUACCCAGUUUUUGUCAAUACUGCGAAAUAAAUGCAAUAUUAGAGUGGGUUACCAUAUCAUGAUACAAUACAACGGCAUCGCUGUAAGUGUUUUUGUUAAGAAAACACUUUAGAAAUGAUGUCUGUCCACCAGUACUGCUUGGUAAGUGGCGCACACGGAACUGUGUGUGAAAACUUUAUGCCACUGUGUGUGGUGCCGUAAUCCCGGGCACAGAAUUCUCCAGGUUAGAGAUUUUUAUUAAAUUAAUUAAAUUAUUAAUUAAAUUAAAUUAAAUUAAUUAAUUAAAUUAAAUUAUUAUUAAAUUAAUUAUUUUAAUGAAUUAUAAUGCAUUACGAUGUACUGCAAUUCUUUACAUUCUGCGUUGCUACUCUGAAUCUUCUUUCAGGUAGUGCACCGUACAGUGUAACGUCUAUCGACUGUUGAGUAGGCGACGCGACUUACGUGUGUUGGGAAAAAAUUCCCUAGAUAAUUUUACCCCACGGUCUGUUUACUGAUGCUUCCUCGAGGUUCCCCCCACAAUGCACUGCGGCUUGGGGUGUGGUACGAAUUAAACUAACUAAUCAAGUAAAAUACGCACAGCCGCGCGUGGUCUCGUAUGACUAGACAUCUAUUGGGAACAGCUGACUGUCUAUGCCUAACGACGAGAAAACAGAACAAGGCCGAGUGAAACUCAUAAUUGCUUGUUCCAGCGCAUACCUCUCUCAUAACGCGACCGAGGACAGAAAUGCCGGUGAAGAUAUCACAUAGCCAGCCUCUGCAUUUCUCGUCGGGUUUUAAUUGCGCGCUACGAGUUUUUGUUGAACAAUUAUUUCUUUAUGUUAUGCGGUAUUUUUAUUUUUAUUAUUAUAAAUGAUUCUACUACGCCGGAUGUAUAUUUUGAUUAUUAUUUGUGAAUUAGUGGUAUCUGUUGUUGACUCUUAUGUAAUGGUCUUCUUUUUAAUUACUACUAGUCAAUUAAAUCCAUGGUUCAGUCAA